AUGGCCUUUCUGCAGGAUCCUGUUUCCAGCUGUUCUGAUGGUGGGGGGGGAAAGGAUGGAAAGAUCAAGGAGGAGAUGUAUGUCGUAUUCUGGCGAUUUCCCACUGCACUGCCACCGCUCAGCUUCGCAACAGACGACGACGCACUAAAGCCAGGCUUCCUCGCCUCUCCCUCCAAAGCUCUCACGCUUGACACUAUUCUCGAAAACGCACAUCUGCUUCGAAUCCCUCGAGAUGCCCUCUACGGCCGUUCCCCGCCAACCCGCCUCGACCGGCUCUGCUGGCGGCGUGCCUCCCCGUUCGGCCAGCGGCUCAGCUCUCCAAGUCCGUUGUUCUCGAUGCCAGCUCUCCCUCAACCUCGACAAGUCGAUACAGUUCGGCAUCAACUGUUACUACUGCGCCCGCUGUGCUUCGAUGGUGGGCUACAAGCGAUGAUUUCCUGGACGACGCAAGCCAGCACCAGCUGCGAGGCCAGAAGGAAACAAGAAUUUAACACAUUGGUGAAUCCCACCACAAACCAUCGCCUGACGGAGAUUUGGCAACGAGAAAUUGCUCCUAAUAUCUCCGCUUACUCCGGCGCUCUCCUACACCAACUACGACAAAUGACUUGCUCCCCUUUACGAGCGGGAUAA